GGCACUUCCGCUUGAAUAAGCAGGUUAGUGAGCAGGAUGAUUGUGAAGGUCACUAAAACACAAACGGGGUUGUUUUUUUUCCGGUUUUUUUGGCGCUGCGGUCCAAUAUAGCGCAUGCGCAGUGCAGGGAGGCAGACUGCAAUAUGGCGAGAAUGUCCGACGCGCAGCAGCACGUCGGCUGCGGGGACGACGAGGACGUCCGGGAGGUGCGCAUCACCGGGGACGAGGAGGGUCCGGACUGGGAGGUCACCCCUGCGGGGAUGGACUCCCACCUGGCCGCCGCGCACUUCCCGCCGCGGGACAAUCUGAGCGAGAACACGCGCCUGGCGACCCGCUACGCGGUGCGGAUCUUCCGGGACUACCUGGGCGAGAAGUCCCACAGUCCGGACUUUGAGCGUCUCCCCAAGGCGGAGCUGUGCGCGCGCCUGCGCUCCUUCUACGCGGAGGCGCGCGCCAAAAGCGGGCACCUGUACAGCAAGUCGUCCCUCGUCAGCAUCCGUAGCUCGCUCAACCGCCACAUCAACGAGCCGCCCUUCUGCCGCACCCUGGACCUCGCCAAGGACCCGGAGCUGCGCGGCGCCAACCUGACCCUGGCCGCGGUCAUCCGGCGUCUGGAGGCGCAGGGGGCGGGGCCGGUGGUCCAGAAGCAGGCCAUCGCGCGCGCGGACCUGCGCAGGCUGUACGCGUCGUCCAUGUUCGACGCGGACACGCCGCUCGGACUCCUCAACAAGGUCUGGUUCGAGACCUGCAUGUACUUCUGCACCCGCGGCCGGGAGAACCAGCGCGAGCUGCGGGAGGACUCCUUCGGCCUGGCCGCGGACCGGUACGGGCGGAAGUUCGUCUACUUCAAAGCCCCGGGGCCCCGCCCCCCGAGGAGGAGGAAGCCGGAGGCGCGCGAUGACGUCACCCUGCCGCGGAUGUACGAGACGCGCACGCCGCUGUGUCCGUACGCCAGCUUCCGCCGCUACCUGGCCAAGCGGCACCCGCUCUGCCGCGCCUUCUUCCAGCGGCCGCGGGAGCGCUGCGGCGCCGCGGAGGUCACGUGGUUCGAGAACAAGGCCAUCGGCAAGAACCUGCUGGGCACGCGCAUGCAGACGCUGUCGCGCGCCGCCGGGCUGUCCAAGACCUACACCAACCACUGCAUCGGCGCCGUCGCCAUAGCGACGCUGGACGGCGUCGUGGGCGCCGCCGCGGAGAUGACGCGCCUCGCCGCCUCUCACCCGAAAAAACAGGACGAUGACAGCAGUCGGACGCCGCUGGACUCUCCCGGCGUGCCGUCCGCCGCCCAGCUCAGCAAAAGCAACGCGGCGGUCCACAUGGACGUGGGAGGUCACAUGUACACCAGCAGCCUGGCCACGCUGGGCAGGUACCCCGAGUCACGGAUCGGACGCCUGUUCGACGGCAGCGAGCCCGUGGUGUUGGACCGUCUCAGGCGCCGCUACUUCAUCGACCGCGACGGCGCCAUGUUCCGCCACGUCCUCAACUUCCUGCGCACCUCCAAGCUCCUCCUCCCGGAUGACUUCAAGGAGUACUCUCUGCUGUAUGAGGAGGCCUCCUUCUUCCAGCUGGCGCCCUUGCAGGCAGAGCUGCGGCGCUGGCGGGCGGAGCGCGAGCGCGACAAGGCGGCGGCGGCGGCGCGGGAGUGCGUGGUGGUCCGCGUGGCUCGAGACCAGGCCGAGAGGAUCGGCGUGAGCGGCCGCCGCGCCGCCAUCGAGGAGGUCUUCCCGGAGGUGUUGCAGCGACUGCAGCAGAGCAGAUUCUGCAUCACAUGUGGUUCCUGCGGCGGCGGUGCAGACUCCCCCUCCCACUUCAGCGAGUACGUGCUCCAGAGGGCGGGGCUCAGUGGCCGAGGCUCCUCCCCCGGACCAGUCAAGCAGGAAGAGCUGGACUGCGCCUGA